CUCCUUCCCCACCUCCACCCCCCUACCCAAACCCAGAGCCCAACCUGAGCCAAGAUCUGCGCGGACACCGGCGAAACUCCGGCGACCAUGGCCGUGGACCUCAUGAACUGCUACGCCCCUCGCCGCGCCAACGACCAGCUCGCCAUCCAGGAGGCGGCGGCGGCUGGCCUCAGCAGCCUGGAGCUCCUGGUGUCGUCCCUGUCCUCCCAGGCCACCGCGCCCCACAAGGCCCCGCAGCAGCAGCAGCAGCAGCCGUUCGGCGAGAUCGCUGACCAGGCCGUCUCCAAGUUCCGCAAGGUCAUCUCCAUCCUCGACCGCACCGGCCACGCCCGCUUCCGCCGCGGACCCGUCGAGUCGCCGCCGGCCCCUCAUGUAGUUGCUGCUCCUGCUCCGCCUGUCGCACCUGUCAGUGUCGCGCAGCCGGCGCCGACCUCGCAGCCGCAGAGCCUGACGCUGGACUUCACCAAGCCGAACCUGACCAUGUCGGCCGCGACGUCCGUGACCUCCACGUCGUUCUUCUCGUCCGUGACCGCCGGCGAGGGGAGCGUCUCCAAGGGCCGCAGCCUGCUCUCCGCUGGGAAGCCCCCGCUUUCCGGGCAUAAGCGGAAGCCGUGCGCCGGCGUGCACUCCGAGGCCACCGCCAACGGCAGCCGUUGCCACUGCUCCAAGAGAAGGAAGAACCGUGUGAAGAGGACUAUCCGAGUGCCGGCGAUCAGCUCCAAGAUCGCUGACAUCCCACCGGACGAGUACUCCUGGAGGAAGUACGGCCAGAAGCCCAUCAAAGGCUCCCCUUACCCACGGGGCUACUACAAGUGCAGCACGGUCCGAGGAUGCCCGGCGAGGAAGCACGUGGAGCGCGCCACCGACGACCCGGCGAUGCUCGUGGUGACCUACGAGGGAGAGCACCGCCACACGCCGGGAGUGGCCGCGCCGAGCCCCCUGGCCACAGCGUCGCCGCUGGCCGUCUCUGCUGGCAACGGGCAUGUCUAACUAGGAUUAGCUCACCCUUCGCCAACCCCCCCGGUUUUGAGAGUGGCUUCUCGAUCUGAUGUCCGUGUAAAAAAAGAAACAAGAUUGUAGAAAGAGGGAGAGGAGGCCUUGAUGCCAGAAACUUAUCUCCGAUUCGUGCUGUAUGCUUCCAUUUUCUCUGCCUCUGAAUUCAUACAUAGUUCUAGAUUAGAAAAAAAUCAGAGGAAAACUGUGGCCUCUGGCCUUCAGAUCUGAGACCACACACAUGAUUUGCCGUGGUUGACACUUGACAGUACCGUUUAGAAAUUGCAACCGUCAGCGACAUUAAAAUUGCAACCGAUUUGGCAGGGGGCAGAUCUUCAUCUGGCGGCAGUGCUCUACUCCGCGCGGUUACAGUUUACCACGACGGGGUACGAAACAUUGACCCGAUUAAAGACGAUGCAGUGGUGCUGCCACAACAGCUCAUCCGCUCCCUAAAAAACAAGGAGGAAAAGCCAAGAAGUCGUACGCAGCCGCUUAAAUAAACAAGCGCAAUAAUGGCUCUCUUGUCGCUGCUGUGUGCAGAGGUCAAGGACUCAAGGGUGGGGUGGGUGGCAUCCAUUUGUUGGUGCCUUUACUUUUCUAUCCUCCCCUACACAAGUGGGCCCCGCGCGAUGGGCGCCCGGUCAAAGGUGACUGGUGAGGGGUCGCUUUCCUGGCUGCUCCCCGUAGUUGACCGCAUCCCCCCCUCUCUCUCGUCAUCGGAGCAGGAGUCCUGUAGAUUCAAGGGAGGACCUGUCGGAAUGCUGGAGAAUUCUUUUCUAAUAGAUGCUCAUAACGAAGAAAUUGAAACCGAUGUACCAUCCUCAAUUAUAUAUUUUUUAUUUCUUCUUUCUUAA